AUGUCGCAAAUAUUUGAUGACAAGUCCCAGUAUUGUAUUCCCUUCCUGCUGGGGAGAUUGGAACUCCACCGUGCCCGAUAUGCAAGUGACCCCAAUCCGCCCCCGUUCUUUCUGGGGUUGAAUGGCGUCCAGGGAGCAGGGAAGACAGUGCUGGUGACAACUCUCCGCUCCACCCUUUCCGCUCCGCCAUACAACCUUCCCACCAUAGCUUUCUCCCUCGAUGAUAUUUACCUCACCCAUGAAAGCCAGCUCCGUCUUGCUGCUUCUCACCCCAACAAUCCUCUCCUCCAACAUCGCGGUCAGCCUUCCACUCAUGACAUCUCGCUUGGCAAGCAAGUAUUUGACUCUCUAAGGAAGGGAUUGCCGACGAAAAUCCCAAGCUAUGAUAAAUCUGCUUUCAAAGGCCAGGGUGAUCGACUGCCAGAAGAUCGUUGGGAAGUAGUUAAUGAUGUUGAGAACGGCGGGCGAAAAGCGAAAGUGGUGAUUUUCGAGGGUUGGUGUCUGGGGUUUCGAGCGCGGCUACCAGAUGACAUACGCACCGCUUGGGAAAAUGCGGUUCAACAGAAAGCGACCGGUACCUAUGAUGGCCAAUUGGCCAACGUCAAGCUAGAGGAUGUGUUGGCGGUGAAUGAGGCGUUGAAGGGAUACGAUGCGUUCACAGACCAACUUGACGCAUUCAUACAUAUCGACACCGAAGACACCCACUACGUCUACGAUUGGCGUCAAGAGCAAGAACGCACGCUCCUAGCCACAAAAGGUACCGCCAUGACCCCAGAUCAAGUCACACAAUUUGUCAAUGGCUACUACCCUUCCUACGAGCUUUUCACACCAGCUCUUCGAAACGGAGUAUUCAACCCUGCUGGGCGUGCCUUGUGUCCUGGAAACGAACAUUCUGCGCUAUCAUGGAAGGGAAAACAACUCCGACUCAUCGUUGACCGCCAGCGGAGAGUGUCUAAAGCUAUUACGAUAUGA